GUUCAGGAAUGGGGACUCUUGAUGUUCAUCCCAUGUAUAAAGGGUCCACAUUGAGAUGGGAGAAUGCUUGAGCAAGAAAUCUGUGCUUCCAGUGUCUGUAACCCCAGAGAGUGGGAGUAUCAAGUCUGAAAGUUCAGAGUCAGACACUCAACUGGACCACGAAGUAUUGAAAGACUCCCUGGACGUCGGACAGACAGCGUUUGCUUUGGCCCAUCUUGAGUCCUUGGAGAUUUGCCUAAAGGAAGCAGAAGAAAAGGCUAAAGUUUUAUCCAAACAGCUUGCAGUUUCGGAAGGAACAAAAUUGAAACUCCUUGAACGAAUUUCCUGGCUAGAGGAAAAAAUAAAGACUCUGGACCAAAGGGAAACCAGUGGCAAAUCAUAUGAAAAAACAAUUCAGUUGAAAGACCAGUGCAUCGAAAAACUGCAAGCUGAGGUCAGAGCUUCCCAGGAGCUUCUUUCAGCCCAUAAACUGAAGCACAAAAAGAAAAUGGAAAAGCUGCGAACUGAUUUGGCAACAGCCAAACAAGAGGCUGCCAUCAUGGCGCUGGAGUUCUCAGAGAAGAUGAAGAGGCUGCACGAAGAAAGGCCCUCUCCCAGAGAAGACGACUCUCUGGAAAAGCACUGUGGGAACCUCCCGCCUGUGGAAGAAGGAGACAGAAAAGUCAGCCUCAUUAUGGAGUUGUCCGGCCUGGUCUCCCUUCAUGCGGACAGGAUCAGCCAUCUCGAGGAUAUCUUGGAGGAAAAAGACAGGAAGAUUCAGCAGCUGGAAGCAGGGCAGGCUGCAUCCCCUCCCUCCUGAGAGCUGCAGGAGCCUCCAGAGUGGUACAAGAAGCCCUGGUGUUUUCUCAAGAUGGCACCACUGUUGUGA